CUAGUGAUGAGCUGCGGUGAUGAUGGAGCUCAUGCUGCUGCUGCUCCUCCACACCUUGGCUUACUUCACACCAACAGGCUCAGCAGAUCCAAAAGGAAGGAUUAUCCUACGAAGUGGAGAAUCACCAUGUGAAGGACAUGUAGAGGCUUAUUAUGAGGAUAAAAAGACCUAUGUUGGAGAUAAAUACUGGAACGCUAAUGCAGAAGAAGUGGUGUGCCGUAGUACUCAUUGUGGAAAACCAAUAAGUUCCACAGAUGUUUAUAGACCUCUCAAAAGCAGAGUCGUGCUCAAUGAACUGAAAUGUCAGGGGAAUGAAGCGAGUCUUUGGGACUGUCCCGGCUGGCCAGGUAGUGAUGGCUUCAGUUUUUACAAGAAGCCCACAGUUAAAAAGAUCAGUUGUUCAGAUAAGAUUGUGGUCAACGUGACAGAAAAACUACCGUCCCAAUGCGAGGGAACGGUCCAGUACUCUGUUAACUCCAAAGAUCAUGGUUACAUCUGCGAAGAGGAGUUUGGAAAAAGGGAGGCCGAUAUUUUGUGUAAAAACAUUGACUGUGGGGAGUGGGGAAAAAUUCUACGGCCUGAAGAAAUCCUUGAAACAUCGAAAAUGAAGUCGAUAAACUGCGAAGGUAUUGAAGAUGUGACUCAUCCUUGGCAGUGCGUAAAAUCAGCACCCAAAUCCUGCAAACGCGCUGCUAGGAUCACAUGUAAAGAUCAUAAAAGGAUGCAGCUGAGAGGACACAACUCCAAUGUUUGUUCUGGUCAACUGGAAAGGGAAAACGAGAAUGGAGAGUGGAUACCUGUCAACAGCAACAGCAGCAGCAGCAACGCAUCGGAACUGUGUUCCGACAUGCACUGUGGUGCAAAUGGAUACUUCACCCACAGCGACAACGGCCUGCAUCUAACCUGCUCAGACCAAGUCCAAGUAGUUCUGACUGAUGCUGCAGGCAGCGACACCAAGUGUUAUGGUGAAGUCAGAAUCAAAGUAAAUAAUAUUACCAAAGCUGUUUGUGGAAACGGUUGGAAUGACACUUAUUAUGACAUGAUCUGCAAAGAACUGAAUUGUGGGAAGAACAUUGGAACCAAAAUGAUUAGUGUUUCAAGAAAAGCGAUGUUGGACCAUGUGGAAUGCAGUGGGACGGAGUCGUCACUGUGGCACUGUAGAGCUAAGCAUCAAUGUGAUACACAAUGCUCAAACGUCCCUUAUGUUAUCUGUUCAGAGAGUGUGAGUGUAAACCUACGCGGUGGUCCUGGACACCUUGCUGGAACACUGGAAGUAGAGUACGAGGGCAAGUGGAAAACAGCCUUUCGUUCUCGUACUGACAAUUCUAAGCUGCCUAAGCUGUCCCAAAUCGUCUGCGAAAAACUGAGAAAAACUGAGAACGGCACAAAAAGGAGCUCUCAAAAUGUUGAAAACAGUAAUAAAGAUUCUCUGGUUUUGGAAAACUGGGACUCAAAAACAGAGAUAUCUGACUGCAUAUCAAAAAAUAAACAGCAGUCCAACUCCAAGGGCUAUGAAUCCAUCGACAUCACCUGUCCGGAGAACAAGGUGCUUUUCCUGCAUGGGAAUCAGCCAUGCUCUGGCACUGUUGGGAUCAUGUACAAGGAGAAAAAAUAUUCGCUCUCUUGGUCUAAUCAGACCUGGAACAUAGAUUUAGCAAGCAAGAUAUGCCAGGAGUUGCACUGUGGGAAUGCUUCCAAGAUUAGUUCAUCCACCAACAUCCAAUCCGAUGGAAUAAUUAAGCCUGAUAACUGUUUAUCUAGCAACAAAUCUCUCGUUGAAUGUGAAUUAGAAGAGAACUCUGCCUCCAAUCAGACCUUUGCUGCAGUGGAAUGUACAGGCACCAUCAGCGUGAGCCUAACAAACACCUGCUGGGGAUAUGUCAGCAUUACUACGGCAGACAAAAAGGGUUCUGUGGCUGAAGAUGCUUGGGAGAAAAAAAUGUCUGAGAAACUGUGCAAAGAGCUGUCAUGUGGUUCUUCCAUGCCAUCUAUAGAUGAGAGUCCGAAAGAAGGACAGAUUGCCUUUAAGAGUUUGCAUGAUCUGAAUAAUGUGGGGACUGACAGGAACCUGAACCAGUACAGUUUGGUUUAUGCAAACGGCUCACCUACACUUAAACAGGCCUAUGUUGUUUGUAAAAAGAGCAUCAAACCAAGAUUCAAGCCGUCUCGUGACCACUGUUCUGGGAAUGUGGAAGUGUUGUAUGAAGGCCUUUGGCUCCCAGUGCAUAAAGAUGCUCUCAAGGAUGAAAAUACUCAAAAAACCAUCUGUGAGGAGCUAGAGUGUGGGGCAGGUUGGGUACAGACGACUCCCCAUUUAGGGCCUUUAGAGAAGACUCAUCUCAUCAAAGAAUUGCAGUGUGAUAAAUCUAGGAGGUCACUAGCAAUGUGUAAAAAAAUUGCUGCGGAGAAAGCGGAUAAAAACAUCAUCAAAGCUUCAGACCUUGGAGGCCUUUUCUGCUCCAAUUGGAGUAAGAUGGCGCUUGAAGUGGAGGACUCCUGUAAAGGAAAAGUGGUUGUUUACUCUGGACAAACUGACCAAGACGAAGAGGCAAAAAGAAGUUUCGUCUCUUUUGAAGGCUGGACACAGAAAGAAGGAGAAAUGCUCUGUAAAGAUCUGCACUGCGGCCCAUAUAUAAAUAUAAAACCCAUUAAAGAUGCUGAGAUUAAUUCUUUAUGGAAUAAAAAGUUUAGUUGUUCUGGAAGAGAGGAAAGCAUUUGGGAAUGUAAAACCGAACCAAACAAUAACACAAAGACAGAAAAAGUCAUCCUUGAAUGUAAAGGUGAACCUAAAGUUGCCCUGUCUAAAGGCUGCAGUGGAGAGCUGACAAUAGAUAACAAGCGAGUGUGUAUGAGUCAGUGGACGGAUGAAGACUCUCAUAGAGUUUGCCAAGAACUGAACUGUGGCAACAGCAUUUACAGUCAGCCUCUAAAUAGCAAGGAGAAGUCCUUCCAUGUUCACUGUGAUGAGCACCAUUACCGCAUUGGUCAGUGUCAGAGGGUAGAAGCGCCUUGCGACACGGGUACGGUGUUUCUUACCUGUGCAGGUGGUGUUGGUUUCAGGGCAUCAGACGGGUGUGGUGGUGUUCUCUUGGUCAAUUAUAAAGGAGAACCAGAGACUUUGUGCCAAGACGGCAUUUCUGAAACGAUAAAGGAGGAACUGUGUAAAGAAUUAGUCUGUAACAACAAAACCCAACCUAUAAAGAACAAAAAAGCAGAAACCAGAGUAGAAACCAGUCUUGUCUGCCCGAACAAUCGUCUAAAAAAUCUUCGUUACUGUAUAAAUGACACCUGUUCAAGUGGGAAAUCAGCGAAUAUCCAAUGUGUUGGAUACACGACGCCCCCGCCUUCUUCCCCGCCUACUGCUCCACCAGAUCCUAUUCCGAUUGUUGUCGGUGUGCUGCUCUGUCUUAUUCUGGUGGUAUUGAUUGUGAUAUUUGUACGAUACCGUAUUAACAGAAGAAAAAUGAAAGCCAUGAGGCCACCAGCGGAUAUGGAAGAAGCGGACUGGGAUAGUGGAGAAUAUGAGGAUGUUGACAAAUCAGACGAAGUAGACAGUUUUAGACGUGGCCGAUUUAAAUCAGACUCAGAAGGACCAGGGGAGGGAGAUGUGGACAGCAGGAGAUCCUAUAACUACGACGACAUCGAUGAGGUGGCCGAGGAUCAGCCUUUGACCCCCCAGGGCUCUGUGGUCCACGCCACUAAACCAGAUAAAACGGAUAAAGAUUCCGUGACCUAUGAAGUGGAAGAGUCGCAGGAGAAUUACGACGACAUUGAUGCCAGCCCAGAGGAUACAGAAACCACAGCCGAGGUCCAUGACGGCCCGAGACCGGCACCCGAAGGUGACGCAGGAGUGCCUAAAGAGCAGGCCCAGAAUAACGAAGAUUAUCUGGUGCCGGGUCAAGAUGGGUGAGCCUGAACCAGCAGAAAAUUGAAAUCUAUCAAAAUUCUGUGUAU